AGAGGGACGGACGAAGGCGAGCCGACCCGACCUCCUGCGGCGUGUAGGUGGAGAGAGAGAGAGAGAGUGACCCUACCGGGCGGGAGAGAGCCAGGAAGAGGAGGGCGACGAUGGCGUCCGGCUGGGGCAUCAACGGGAACAAGGGCCGCUGCUACGACUUCUGGCUGGAGUUCAGCGAGUGCAUGAGCCGCUGCCGCCAGCCCUCCGACUGCGGCCUCCUCCGCGAGGACUAUCUCGAGUGCCUCCACCACUCCAAGGAGUUCCAGCGCAGGAACAGGAUCUACAAGGAGGAGCAACGUCAGAUCAGAGCUGCUGCUCGUAAGGCCAAGGAGGAAGCUGAGGGUGCCCCUGCUGUUGCAGCACACCAUUAGUCUCCCUGUCUAUUUUUUGUGUUGUUGUUUUCUGUUAACUCAUCUUUGGUUCAGUUAUGAUGCUAAGGGCAAGGCAAUAAUCUCCAGCUGUUGGACUACACAGAUUUUUUCCCCCAUGACUUAAAUAUCAAGACUCAUUUUGUGC